AUGGAAACGCAGGGGCUGCCAACCGCCGACGGGGAGGCCGCCCGGCCCGAGCCUGGCGCCCGGCAACAUGGCGGCGGCGGCGGGGGGGCCGACGACGACCGGCCUCUCUCCUCGGCUCCUUCCCCCGCACGGCCGGCUCGCCGAUCCCCUCAGCGGCGCGACUCGGCCGCGGCGUCGGGAGGAGGAGGCCCGGAGGUGACAUUCCCGGUGCUGCUGCUGCUCGAGGGGGAGAAGCCGCCGGAGCCGCCGCCAUUGCCCCCUCCUCCUCCUCCUCCUUUCCAACCGCCAAAAGGGCCCGCCGCCGCCGCCGCCUUCGCGCUCCAGCCGGGCGCUGGAGGCCCCGCGGCGCAGCAGGACAGCGACGCUCUGCUGCUGGUGCUCAACCUGGUGCGGGGCGGAGGCUGCGGGGGCCUCUCGGGCGGCGGCGGCGGAGGAGGAGGAGGUCCCCCUCAGGAGCCGCCGCUGCCUCCACCUCAGCCGGAGAAGGCGCCGGGCGGCGGCCGAGGAGGGCGCGAGGCGCCGUUUCCGGCUCUGCCUGAAGGCCCCGCCCGCCCGCAGAAGCCCCCGCCGGAGGACUCGUCCUUCUCGGGCACCCUCACCAUCCACAACCAGAGCCUGGUGGUGCGCUUCGAGAACGGGCUCCUCAGCCUCGGGGCCCCGCCGCCGCCGCCGCCUCAGCCCCCCAGCGCCGCCGAGCCCGCCGCCUUGAUGCCCCGCCCCGCCGCCGCGGCCUACUCCUGCCCCGAGCCCCGCUGCGCCCAGAGCUUCCCCCGCAAGCAGCUGCUGCGGCUGCACCGCCUGUCGGCCCACGACGGCGCCGACGCCGCGGCCCACCGUGGCGGCGGCGGCGAGGCGGACGCCUCCGCGGGCCGGCCGGCGCGGCCCUUCCGCUGCCCGGUGCCCGGCUGCGCCUGGGCCUUCGCCACGGCCUACAAGCUGCGGCGCCACCAGCACUCGCACGACAAGCUGCGGCCCUUCGCCUGCCCCGCCGACGGCUGCGCCAAGCGCUUCACCACCGUCUACAACCUGCGCGCCCACGGCCGGGCCCACGAGCAGGAGGCGGCGCUCAAGUGCGAGGCCUGCGGGCAGCGCUGCCCCAGCGCCGCCCGCCUCGCCGCCCACCGGCGCCGCAGCCACCUGGAGCCCCACCGGCCCUACCGCUGCGAGUACCCAGGUUGUGACAGGACUUUCAUAACAGUGAGUGCAUUAUUUUCCCAUAAUCGGGUCCACUUUAGAGAACAAGAACUGUUCUCCUGCUCCUUUCCAGGAUGUAGCAAGCAGUAUGACAAAGCCUGCCGACUGAAAAUCCACAUGAGAAGUCACACAGGUGAAAGGCCUUUCAUUUGUGAUUUUGAAGGCUGUGGCUGGUCUUUCACCAGCAUGUCCAAGCUAUUAAGACACAAAAGGAAACAUGAAGAUGACAGGCGAUUUACAUGUUCUGUAGAAGGCUGUGGAAAAUCCUUCACAAGAGCAGAACACUUGAAAGGCCAUAGUAUAACUCAUCUUGGCACAAAGCCAUUUGAGUGUCCAGUAGAAGGUUGUUGUGCAAAAUUCUCCGCACGCAGUAGUCUUUACAUUCACUCCAAAAAGCACCUUCAGGAUGUGGAAUCGUUGAAGACCCGCUGCCCUGUAUCUAGCUGUAAUAAAUUGUUUACUUCGAAGCACAGUAUGAAAACGCAUAUGGUCAAGCAACACAACUUCAGUGCAGAUCUCUUAAAUCAAAUGGAAACUAUCAGUUCCCUCACGCCUAGCAGUGAACUCACCAAUUCAGGACAAAGUGACCUCAGCAAUAUAGAUCUUGUGUCCCUCUUUUCCAGCGUAUCUGGGAACAGUUCUGGAAUUUCAACUGAUAUGGCUCUGAUAAACUCAGGAAUUCUCACUAUAGAUGUAGCUUCUGUGGGCUCCACCCUUGGGGGCAGUCUUUCCGUUGGUAGCAAUUCUCUUGGUCAGACAGUUGACCCGCUGAUUUUAGUAACUAGUGGUGACAUUCCACACAGCCUGGACAGCUCUCUUCUCUUGGGAACCAAUGCCACAGUUUUACAGCAAAGCACUUUAAAUUUGGAGGAUGUACAGACUGUAAAUGCAGAGGCCUUAGGCUCGCUAGCGUCUCUGUCCGCAAAGAAUUCCAGUCAAGAACUGCAUGGUUUGACCUCCAGCAAUAACCUUUCGGUAGACACAGCCACUUUAACUCCUUCCAGCAACUUUGGUGGAAACAACGCUCCUGAAUUACUGGCUCCAAUUAAAGCAGAACAGCCUUUGCUUCCUAGCCUGGAUGUUGUGGGACAGCAAGAAGGCAGUAAAGUGGUGACUCAGUUUGUGUUCUCCAACCCUCCAGGAAGUUACAGUGCGCAGAAAGAAACUGAUCUGAGCAUGGUGACUGGCAGCUCUUUUCUGGAGAGUGGUGGGUCUGCAAGAACUGAUUAUAGAGCCAUUCAGCUUGCCAAGAAGAGAAAACAGAAAGGAAACGAGAGCGACAUAGGAUCCCCUACCUCUGGCAUAAGAAAAGGCAAAGGAGAUAAAAUCGGUUCUAGCCAUGGGACUCGGUUGUGUAACAGUGUUUUGCCAAAUGGAGGCCUACCAGUAAGAGAUCCAUCAGCUGGCUCACAAUAUGGUCAGAUUCAGCUACUUCAGGAUGAUUCCCCAGGAGAGGGAGAUCUUCCCUUCCAGCUCAGCUCUCAGUCCUCCUCUUCGCAUUCUCAGCUAACAGUGGACUUGCCUGUUCAUAUCCUUCAGGAACCCCACAAUUCCAAUGAAGACGAUGCUAGUUCGGAUAAUUCUCAGUUUACAGGAAGCACAAUUAAUUUACAAGACCUGGAAUGAUAGUCUCUGGAACAGAAACAUCAAGCUGUUUAAAAAGUGCAGUGGUGUCUUGAGAACGGAAGAGAA